GGCCUAGUGGACGGAACCCAGUGACCUGCUAUGGGGUGUGUGUGCGGAGUUGCGGCACACCGGCCUUGAAGGCUUGGUCCCCGGUAUAAGCGUGGUGCCCCGGUCCCGCUAUUCAGUGUGCUCCUCUCGUCCACCAUGUACGCUACCGUCCGGAUCUGUGCUCUGCUGUCCGCAGUCGCUGUCGCCGUCGCGACACCCUACUACCUGCCUCAGCAGCGCCAGCUCUUCUACUCCGUACUACCCCAGUACCCGCAGUACACCCCCGUGGCUGCACCUGCUCCUGUCAACUACAGGCAGUUCUACUAUGCUCCCCAAACUGCUGCUAACUUAGUAGCGCCUGUGCCGAGCUCUCUGCGGUACCCUGCGCCGGUGGUAGCACCCUCCAAGCAGGUGGUCUACUACCCCGGAGCUAACCCCUACCUCGGUAACUACGUCCUUGCGGGAGACGAGGCAAAUGAGGGUUCUGGCAGCUGGACCUCUUGGCUCAGUAACAUCCCUUUCGCCAGCUUCAUCACCGGACAGCAGCCAGCCGCCCCUGAGUCACCCGCUGCAGAGGGUGGUAGUGCUGCCGAGGGCGCGUCUCCAGCCGCAUCCGCCGAGAAGGUAGAGUUGCCGUCCAACAACGAGAAGCCGGAAGCAGAGACGGAAGAUAAGCCUUCGGAGCCAGCUAAGACGAAAGGAGCGCCUCAGAAGUAUGUCCUUUUGGGUCAGCCUCAAUUCUUCGGUAACUAUGGACUCCAUAAACUUAACCCCGCUGCUGUCAUUCCUUCUCCAGAGCACGGCGCCGUCUCCAGCUAUCUGCUACUCAAGAACUUCCCCGGCGUCAGGUUCGCCCCUCAAGUCCCUCAGUUCCCUCAGGUUCACCAGGUUCCACAGCAAGACAGUGAUGCUGAGCUGGUGCCCGCCGUGCAGCCAGGUGCUGCGGCGCUGGACUACCAGAAGCUGCUGCAGGCUGCGCGGCAACAGAAGGACUACGACGACGCCUCUGUCACCGUGGACGCCGCCCAGAAGGACGCCACCCCUGCUGAUGACAAGCCCGCAGCCGCCGCUGACGACGACAAGGAGUCUGAAGAUGAGGAGACCGGUACUAAAGAAUAAACCCCGUAGUUGUACACUCUCUGUCCUCCUAACUGUACAUACUCGUACUCGACCACCAGACUGUACUAGAGUAUUAAGACCUGUGCCAACUCUCAAUAAACUAUUUUUAGUCUUUUUAA